AUGUUCGUCAAAUUGAUACUGGCUGCCAUGCUUGGCAUCUCUAUCGCCAAUGCUCAUAUGAUUAUGACCAACCCCGUGCCCUAUGGCAAGGACAGUUUGAAUAACUCUCCACUGGCUGCAGAUGGAAGCGAUUUCCCCUGCAAGCUUCGCUCGGACACGUACGAAAUUACCAAGCAAAAUGUCAUGGUCAUUGGAGAAAGCCAGACCAUGACAUUCGAGGGCAGUGCUACACAUGGCGGUGGCUCGUGUCAAAUCAGUUUGACCAGUGAUCUCUCACCUUCGAAAGACACAGAGUGGAAGGUCAUUCAGUCCUAUGAGGGUGGCUGUGUGGCUAACGUCGAAGGAAACCUGUCAGGUGGCGCCAGCAUGACUGAUCCGGAUACUUUCAACUACACCAUCCCCGAUGGCUUCACUCCUGGAAAGUACACUCUUGCUUGGACAUGGUUUAACCGUGUCGGCAAUCGCGAGAUGUACAUGAACUGCGCUCCCGUCACGGUCGAAGCCAAAGGCUCUUCUAAGCGUGAAGUUCAAGUCAAACCAGUCGAAAAACGCUCAUCCAACUAUCCACCUAUGUUCAUCGCCAACGUCAAUGGCUGCACAACCCCGGAGGGUGUCGAUAUUCGUUUCCCCCAGCCUGGAUCGGCUGUUCAGUAUCUCGGCGAAGCUAUCAACCUCGCAAAGGUUGGCGCUGCGGCUUGCACUGGUACCGCUACCUUUGCCAGUUCUGGCGAUACCACUAGCAGCAGCAGCAGCGACUCGUUAGCAUCCGACUCCGACUCCGAUUCUGACUCCGGCUCUAGCACCGCAACAGCCGCUGUAAUUAGCACUGCCACUACAGCUUCCAGCCAAGACACAGUAGCUACUUCAGUCUCCAUCGCAGCCUCCGUUGAGACAGACACUCCUGCGGUCUUCGUGCCCAUUACAGCAACUAGCACUUCGCAGGCUGUUGCCGCCUCAGCCUCAGCAUCCAGCACUUCUAGCAUAGGUGCUCUAAGUGGUUCUUGCAGCACCGAGGGUGAGUGGAAUUGUAUCUCAGGCAGCUCCUUCCAGCGCUGUGCAAGCGGCCAGUGGUCCACUGCUGAGGCUCUGGCUUCGGGUAUCGAGUGCAACAAUGGCAAAAGCGUAAACCUGUCCAUAAGCGCUGCCAAGCUAGAUCGCAGAAUCUCGGAUAUGCGUUUCCACAAGCGAAUUCAUCGCGAGUCUCACCAUUUGUAA